AUGGACUGUAGCACAGUCUCUAACAGUUUAGGUCUUGCCCGUUGUAAUGCUAAGUAUGGCGAAUACGGAAGUCACGGUAACGUGGCGACAGAGCUGCAGGCGUACGCCAAUCUACACCUGGAACGGUCUUACGAAUACCUGCUGUCUUCCGCGUACUACAACAAUUAUCAGACCAACAGAGCUGGCUUCAGCAAGCUCUUCAAGAAGUUAUCUGAUGACGCGUGGGAGAAGACCAUUGAUAUUAUCAAGCAUGUCACUCUGAGAGGUGACGAAAUGGAUUUCUCAAGGCAAAGUAUCCAGAAAUCGAUCCGCAAGAACUACACUGUGGAACUCCACGAGUUGGAGGCUCUCGCUAAGGCUCUGGACACGCAGAAGGAGCUGGCCGAGCGCGCGUUUUACAUCCAUCGCGAAGCCACCAGGAAUAGCCAGCACCUCCACGACCCUGAGAUCGCUCAAUAUCUGGAAGAAGAAUUCAUUGAAUACCAGGCGAAGAAUAUCCGCGACCUUGCUGGACACACCAAUGACCUCAAGAAAUUCGUCGCCUCCAACAACGGACAAGACCUGUCCCUUGGUCUUUACUUGUUCGACGAAUAUUUGCAGAAAACCCUCUAA